AUGUCUGCAGCUGGUGCCGCCGCUGAUGGAGGGGACUCUCUAUCUCUAAGAGGGAUAGAUGGUGAAAAAAUAAGCUCCUCAAUGUGUCUUUGUUUGGACUGGAACCCAUCAGCCACAUCAAUCUCAGUGGGGCUUUCUGAUAGUUCUGUAUCUAUAGUCUCCUUUUCGGAGUCCCAGUUAGAUGUAAUUCAAGAGUGGGAAGCACAUGAAUUUGAGCUAUGGGCUGCUUCAUUUGACUUUCACCAACCUCAGUUGGUAUACACUGGUUCGGAUGAUUGCAAAUUCAGUUGUUGGGAUUUAAGGGAUGAUCCUUCCAAUUUGGUAUUUCAGAAUUAUAAAAUCCAUAAGAUGGAUAUCUGUUACAUUGCAAAGAAUCCCAGUGACCCUAAUAUCUUACUCACUCGUAGUUAUGACGAGUAUCUAAGGCUAUGGGAUGUAAGAUCAAUUUCAAAACCAGUUAAUGAAACAUUAUUUUGUUUAGGGAGCGGAGUUUGGAGAGUCAAACACCACCCAUAUGUACCAGGCGUGGUCUUAGCAGCUUGCAUGCACAAUGGCUUUGCAGUUGUGAAGAUUGAUGAGGAGAAAGGUGAACUGAUGGAAAUCCAUGCCAAGAAUGGCUCACUUGCCUACGGUGCAGAUUGGCAAGGGGGGGAAUUAUAUCAGAAGGUCAAACAAAACAGCUCUGUAGUGGCUACUUGUUCCUUUUAUGAUCUGCUUCUUCAGAUAUGGAUACCAGAAAGCUGUAUUUUUAAGCGACUUUGAUGCAGUUGAAGUACUUCUCCUUACUAAAUUCUGAAUAAAUUCAUUGCUGCUACUUCUGGGGAUGCUUUAUCAUAUUUUGUUACGCAUUUAUAUAUCAUUUAUGCCAUCAAACUGUUACUCCUUUGUAUUCUUAAUAGCUUCCAAUAAAAACUCAUAGGUCCAGUAUUUUUUCUUGUUUAUUCAAAGGAGAGCUCAGACGGCCAUCCCUGAAACAAGGGUUCUGGUAUGCGUCAAUGUUUAUUGUUGUGAGCUACCAAGAGCUUUCAUUAGGAUGCUUACACAUAAGAGAAU